CAUGCUCACCACUCCUUCCCUCUCUCUCUAACACAAACACAUACACGACCAUAAUCACGUACACAAUGCCAAUAUUCUCCUCCCAUGCACAACCCAUAGGUAAUAAUAAAUGCAUAGCCUUACUAUCUUUGCUCUUAAGCAUGAAAAUUCUAUUGUUUUUGGGUUUAGCAAGUUCUCUUCCAACACCUUCACCAUCCCAUUUCUCCAAAUUCUCAGACGCAGACAUUUUUUCAGCUUGCAAGCGCACACCCCACAAAGCAGCUUGUGAAUCCAUGCUAUCAUCAACACUACUGAGUGCACUUCCUGAGACCCCAGAAGAGCUCUUUGACCAUUCGGUCAAGUUUAGCAUGGACCGAGCUUACUUAGCUCGAGCCCUUGCCUAUAACCUUACCCUUAAUUAUGACAAAUCCCGUAGCAACAACACAACCAGUGGAAUGAAUGACUGCCUCGAGUUGCUCGAUGACACUCUAGACCAACUCACCAAUGUUGUCAACAACAACAACAACAACAAGAAGCAAACACAAACCACCACUGAUGACAUCCAAACAUGGCUUAGUGCUGCUUGUACCAAUCAAGAAACUUGUCUCGAGAGCCUUGAAAAUGAUAAAAUUGUGGUAGAGAAAGGUGUAAUGGAUUCUACAAUCCAAAAUUUGAGCCAACUCCUUAGCAACACACUAACACUCUACAUGUCUAGUAAAACUUCAAUUAUACGUGGUGGGAAUCGAAGAUUGUUGUAUGAUGAUUUUCCAUCUUGGGUGUCGGUAUCAGAAAGAAAGCUUUUACAUGCUUCUAUGGGGGAGAUAGAAGUUAGUGCUGUGGUGGCUAAGGAUGGAAGUGGGACACACAAGACUAUAGGUGAGGCACUUGAGGCUUCCAUGGAAGAUGGGGGUAGGACUGUCAUUCAUGUACAAGCUGGUACUUAUCAUGAAUACAUUAAGAUUCCAACCAAGCAAAAGAACGUCAUGUUAGUUGGGGAUGGAAAAGGCAAAACAGUUAUUGCUGGUGAUAGGAGCCAUGGACGAGGCUGGACAACUUUCCUAUCUGCCACUGUUGCCGCCAUGGGAGAUGGAUUUAUAGCUCGAGACAUUACAUUUGUGAACAGUGCGGGUCCAGCCAAGCAACAAGCUGUUGCACUACGUGUAGGAUCAGAUAAGUCAGUAAUCUUCAGAUGUUCCAUUUUGGGCUACCAAGACAGUCUCUACGCUCACUCUAAACGCCAAUUCUAUAGAGAAAACGAUAUCUAUGGCACAGUAGAUUUCAUAUUUGGAAACUCUGCCGUGGUUCUGCAAAACUGUAACAUAUAUGUGAGGAAACCUUUGUCCGGACAGAACAAUUUCAUUACAGCACAAGGUCGGUCCAGCCCAGAUCAAAACACUGGCAUUUCUAUCCACAAUUGUAAGAUACAAGCUGCAUCAGACUUUGCUGGUGAGAAAUCUAAGUUUGCUACAUAUCUUGGAAGACCAUGGAAGCAAUAUUCUAGGACAGUAAUCAUGCAGUCUUUUCUGGAUGACUUAAUACACCCAUCAGGAUGGUCUCCUUGGUCUGGAAGCUUUGCACUAAAAUCACUUUAUUAUGGCGAAUAUAAGAACUCAGGGCCUGGUUCUGCCACUUCUAGUAGGGUCAAGUGGUCUGGUUACCAUGCUUCACUCACUUCCACUGAAGCUCAAACUUUCACUGUAGCUGGUUUUAUUGCUGGACAUCUUUGGUUGCCCUCCACUGGGGUAUCUUUUGAUUCUGGACUUCUUGGAUGAACCAUCUACUUAUGAAAAUUAUUAUUUCACAUUCUCAAUUUUCAAACUCUGUACACACCACUCACAGAGUGUGAACAUCGGGUAUUCAUUUUCUACCUAAUGUCCACAUUUUGUGAGUGGCAUAUAUGGAGUGUGAAAAUUGAGAGUGAGACAAUCAUGAUCCUUCUCCUUGAAUAAGCCAUUGCCUAAAUGUGUUGGUUUUCAGUUGUUUUUGUUUUGUUUUUUUCUUUAUGGUUUUCUUAAGAAAUAAGCACACUUGCACAUAAAACAUGUGCUUGUAUCUGCCAAUGUGCUGUGUACUGUGUAUAGAUUUGUACUGUUUAUAGAUUUCAGCAUCAAGCAAGAUGACAAUGUUGUGUAA